AGACAAACGUCUCACACCACCAGACGAGGACGACGACCCCAGCGUUCCCCUAGAAACAACCGAGUCGAUCGGUCGUGCACGACGAUGCUGGCAGCCAGCAGCAUGCCUCUCGCCGUCCCCCUUUUCCUGCUCGUUGUCGUCGCAUCCGCGGUCCCGGCCACCGCUGAGUACAGCGGCGCCAGGAUGGUGAUCAUCCGCAGCGGCCCCGGGACAAGGGUCGGCGGCGGCGCUGCCGGUGCCCAGAGUAACAAGUGGCGGCGGCACUACCGGCGUCUGGAGGACGAGGUGGCGCCGGAGCUCGGCGGCCUGCUGGGGGCGGGCGGCAGCGCGGCGGCAGUAUCGACUACCGCGUCCUCGACAAGAACACGUCAGGUUGCGUGAAAGGCAACCAGUGCGCCACCAAGGGUUCUGGUGGGUCCUACACCCGGCCAUGCAUGUACAAGGAAGGAUGCCCCAACGGCCCCACUGACUGACCGGCCGGCGGCCGGCGUUGCCAACAAAUCGAGAGGGGCCAUGCGUGUGGCGGACUGCCGGUCAGGCACUGUGUCCGAUCGCUGCUUAAUGCUGGCCGCACGCUAAAUAAGCUACGGAAACAUUCUACGUACGUUAUGUAUUUGCUAGCAGUCUAGCAGAUGUCCAUGCGCUGCUACUGCUAGGGGCCGAGGGUUUAAAAAUUUCAGUCUAGCAGAUGUCAUAAAAUUUGGAGCUGGAGGCUGAAACUAUGAUAAGCUCCAGACUGGAUUUCGUG